CGGAAAAACCGACCUAGGACAUUAUUCCCGGCCCACCUAAGCGGCAGGAAACCGGAAGUGCGCGUUGCGCGCGGCUCUUUUGAGACCUAAAACUGAGGCUGAGCGCGAAGAAAAUGGAUCGGUACUUGCUGCUCGUCACCUGGAGGGAAGGAAAGUGUCGAUCGGUGGCUGGUGGGGAGAGCCAACCCGGGACUGAGGCGGCGUCCCUGGAGAGCGCCGAGAAACAGCCUCACUUGACAGCAUCCAGUAUUUAUCACCUCUUGAAGAGAAGCAUCAACGAUUCAAUCCAUCCAGAUGAUAGCACAUUUCCUGCUUGUUCAGUGGGUGGCACACCUCAUCCCAGGAAGUGGUUCUUUGCCGUGCAGGCAAUAUGCGGAUUUUAUCAGUUUUGUAGUUCUGAUUGGCAAGAGAUACAUUUUGAUGCUGAAAAAGAUAAAAUAGAAGAUGUUCUUCAAGCAAACAUAGAGGAAUGUCAGAGUGCUGCUGAGUGUUUUGAAGACGAUGACAGUAACAGCAGGGAGUCCCUGUCCUGGGCUGACCUAUAUGAAGAAUCAGCAGAAAAUUUGCAUCAGUUAUCAGACAAGCUUCCUGCUCCUGGUAGAGCAUUGAUAGACAUAAUUCUCUUGCCUUCCGACAAAGAUCUUCCUACAUUGAAAGAGUGCUUGCCCACUGUAGGGGCGUUGAAACAUCUGAAGGAGUGGCAUUCAGCCAAAGUUAUCAUAGCAGGAAAUCACUGUGAAAUUAAUUGUCAGAAAAUUGCAGAAUACCUUUCAGCAAAUGUCGUACCUUUCGAGGAGUUCAGAAAUGCCAUUGACUCAAGGGAGUUGUGGAGGGGAGAGAUUCAGAUACGGGAGAGAAAGUUUGGAUUUGAAAUUAGUUUUCCUGAAUUUUGUUUAAAGGGAGUUACACCUACGAGUGUUAGUACAUGUAAUUUAAAUCCCUGCUUUCUUGCCAAAAAGAUAGCACCAUCGAAGGAUAAGACUGUUCUACCUAAGGUUUUCCAUUAUUAUGGUCCUGCUUUAGAAUUUGUGCAGAUGAUAAAAUUAUCAGAUCUACCCUCCUGUUACAUGUCUGACAUGGAAUUCGAGUUAGAGGUGACCAGAAAUUGCACGAGGCAGAAUUCCAUGUUGCUGUUGGAACAGCUCUCUUCUCUGUGUGGCAAGGUUGGUGCUCUUUUUGUAUUGCCAUGUACUGUUAGUAACGUACUCAUUCCGCCUCCCAACCAACUGGCUUCAAGAAAGUGGAAGGAAUACAUAGCUAAAAGGCCCAAGACAAUUAGUGUUCCAGAUGUCGACGUGAAAGGCGAGUACUCCAGCUAUUACCUCCUGUUGCAAGGCGAUGGCAGGACCAAGUGCAGGGCCACACUGCUUCACUCGGCCAGCCAGAUCAACGGCUCCUUUGUACUCAGUUUCAUUCACGGGAGGAUGAAAACAGAGACAGAGGAAGCCAAGUGUAGUUUUCCUUUUGACUUCUCAUCACUCCCAAGUUUUUCUGAGGAGCAGAUUUUACAGAGGGAGAAACAGUUAGCCAGUGUUCAAGUUUUGGCUUUGAAAGAAUGCCUGAAAAGAAGGAAGGCUGCAAAUCAGCCCGAAGCAGUUUCUGCUGAUGAACUCAAAAGUCUGUUGGUGCUCACAAGGGAUCGCUUCCUGGGUCAUUUUGAUGCUCUCACCCCGAAAGCGAUUUUAACACAGACAGACAAAAUGAAAGCUGCUGGUAUGGUAAAUGAUACCAGUACAACUGAACCUUGUUCUUCAAGUCUAAUGAAAACCAACCCUCUGGAAUGGCCAGAAAGACACGUUCUUCAGAAUUUAGAAACUUUUGAAAAAACUAAACAAAAAAUGAGAGCUACUUCAUUGCCUCGGUCAUCUGAACGGUUGCUGGGCCAUAAAGAGGGUCCCCGGGACUCCAUCCCAUUAUUGGAUGCUAAAGAACUGCUGAAAUAUUUCACCUCGGAUGGAUUACCAGUUGGAGAUCUGCAACCGUUACAGAUUCAAAGAGGGGAAAAAACUUUGCUUCUGACACCGGAACUUAGUCCCCGGAAACUUCAGGUCUUACCUUUUGAAAAAGCCUCUGAAUGCCAUUACCACGGGAUUGAAUAUUGCUUGGAUGACCAAAAAGCUUUAGAAAGAGAUGGGGGAUUUUCUGAACUUCAGUCUCGUCUGAUUCGUUAUGAGACCCAGACCACCUGCACCAGGGACAGCUUUCCAGUCCCCACCGUGUUGAGCCCUCUUCCGUCCCCUGCCGUUCUGUCAGAGCCUCGGAGUGUCCCCGAUGGAGAAGCACUACAAAGCGAGCUCCGAACUGAAGUUUCUGGAUUGAAAAGGAGAUCUAAAGACCCGAGUUGCCAUUACCCCCAGAAAAGGCUCAUGAAAUCAGAAAGUUCUGAUGGUCUGCUUUCUCAGACAAGCUGCGGUAGUCAUUACCGGCAGGCGGGGACAUCCAAAAAGCCGCAGGCGGAGUGGUCUGGGUCAAUGCUUCCAGUCUCUAGUCGCGAGGCUUCCAAAGUCACAGCAAAGACCAGUUCGGGACAAAAAAGUGUCCAGGUGUCCAAACCGUCAAAACAAAUGAAGGAAUCGCGAUCACAGAAACACACUCGGAUGCUGAAGGAAGUGGUGGAGGAGACCUUGCGGAAGCACCGCAUCACCGAGGCCCACGAGUGCUUCUCUGCGUGCAGCCAGAGACUCUUUGACAUCUCCAAGUUCUACCUAAAGGAUCUUAAAACCUCAAGGGGUCUCUUUGAAGAAAUGAAGAAAACUGCCAACAACAACGUGGUGCAGGUGAUCGAAUGGGUGUUAGAAAAGAUGAGCAAGAAAUAAGCUGUGACUUCUUCCAUUCCAUAGAAAACGGUACACAGCCUAUAAACUUUACUCAAAGAGUAGAUGCCACAUUUGUAAAGAGGACCCCUAGUGUCCUGUGUUUAUAUAGUUUUAGUGAUGCUCAAUGAAUGUAUUUUUAAUUAAUGCACUUAUUUUUACAGCUUCACAGUGUUUUUAUCUUAUUUUUAUACAUUUUAAAUGUUUGAACUCUUGGUUAUUUAAUUGUUCAAUAAACAGUACUAUUUCUUUA